AGCAGUUUAGGCAAUGAAUAAUGCACCAAAAUACUGCACCUUUCGAAGGAAAUUGUUCGCUGAACUAUUUGACGUGCAUUCUCUGAUAAACGCCCACUCGUCGGCUUUUGAGAGGCAUCUACGAGCACGCUACGGAGAGGACCGAUAAUGAAACGAAGACAAUUUCUUUUGAGCGAACACAGCUGACCAAAAAUAAACCGGCGGAAGUGUCAAUGGAAGUGAUAGUCAGAUGACAAUGUCUAAGAGAAAGUUACUUAGAGUUAUAGUUUCAUUGUUAAUUAUUGCCAGUGCAAGAUAUUUUCCUCUUGUAAAUUCUAGUGGCGAAGAUAGUAUAGUGGCAGAUUUCUACGAUGAAACAACAAUUAAUCGCAUCGCGUUCGGAAGUUGCAGUUUCCCCAAGAAGCCUCAACCACUUUGGAAACAUAUAUCAAGUCAACAACCAGAUGUAUGGGUUUGGCUUGGAGACGCUGUGUAUGCUGAUACCAAAGUAGCACCACUUCUUUGGACUCCAUCUCCUCUCAGUGAAAUGGUGGAAAAAUUUAAUUACCUAAAGUUCUCGUCAGAAUAUCAGGAAUUCCUCAGAAGUGGUAUUAAGGUUUUGGGUGUGUGGGAUGACCAUGACUAUGGAAUGAACAAUGGAGGAAAGCAUUACAAAGAUCGUCUUCAAGCACAAGGUGUUUAUUUAGAUUUUCUGGAUGAGCCUGCUGAAAGCAUACGACGCAAGCGAGAAGGCACUUAUGUAUCAUACAGCUUUGGUACUGGAGAUAAGAGCAUCAAGCUUAUUCUUCUUGACACUCGUUCGCAUCUUAAAUGGGGCCCAGAGUGUGAUAUUUUAGGAGCAGAGCAGUGGUCAUGGCUGGAGACCCAACUUAGUGAUCCAAACCCAGCUGGACUUACUAUCAUUGGCAGUGGAAUACAGGUUAUUUCUGACGUUCCUUAUACAGACAGAUGGACCGGUUGCCCGUCAAGCUAUGAUCGUUUGAUUUGGCUUGUACAAAGGAAUCCAAGGGUGAUUCUCAUUAGUGGAGAUGUCCACUUUGGAGAAUUCUCUUGUCUCAAUAGCACAAGCACGGGUUAUCCUCUCUAUGAGGUUACUUCCAGCGGACUCACAGCCACCUGUGUAUCUUGGAUGUCGAAAGCCACGUGCCGCUGGCUUUUAGAGAACGUUUUAACAUCCUCUAAACGUACCCAUCCGUUUAUAACUGAACUAAAUUACGGUUUAAUAACCGUCCACUGGAACGAUCAACCAAUCUCUGUUACAGUAGAAGUACGUGGAGAAACUGGAAGCUAUCUCAAGCAAACUGUAUCUUUAGGUCAUUUAGAGAGGGUGAGAGAUGCUAGCCACUGUCCACAGAAAUUAGAAGACCCUCCAGUCGUCAAGAAAAAUUUAUUUUACGCAAUAGCCAUUUGUAUACUCACGAUUAUCUUUGUGGGACUCUCAAGGCUCAUUAUCUUCAUUCUCAAAAUACUUUUAACCAAGAUUGUGCUUCCACUGCUUGGAGUAACCCUUCAGGCUCCCUCUAGCUCUGGUUCCAGCUUGCAACACACCAAGCACAAAAACAACAAAAUCCUCAAAGCGGAAUAACUGACUUGUGUGUAAAUACGACAAGGCAGGAGAGGAAAGAAAUGUGAUAAUGCAAGAGACUGCCCACAAAAUUUGAAAUUUAACUGUUUAUGUCGAUCUAUUUUAAUAAUUUAAUUGUUCCAAUUUGUAAUUAUGUAUUUUUUUUACACAUUUUGAAUCUCAAUUCUUUGUAUUUAAAACGUUUCAAAUUGUGUUUUAUCGACGGGGAAUUAGAGGUCAAUUAUAUUUAUUGAUUGGUUUUCAAGUGGAGAGAGCUACGCUCUUUAAAAUUGAAUUUCUUCUCAGCAUUUAUCAAUUCAAUUCCCAUUUUUCUAAAUUGUUUUGAAGUUUAGAAAUUCUACAUUUAAAUAUUUAUAUCAAUCGAAUAAUCAAAAUUCUUCUUCGUCUUCAUGGCUCGUUGCCUGCACGUGGCACAAAGACAAACAGAGCGCACCCUUUUGAACCGUUUAACUUCUCAGAAAUGAUUGGUAGCCGUCCUUCUUAGGCGUUAAAUAACUGCCUGUAUAUUAGUUCAGGGAAAGUUGUUUUGCAUGAAGAAAACAUCCUCUUGCUAUUAAGUUUAGCUUUCCACAUCACUCAUUUACGCGAGGGGUUUUUCUUGAUGUGCAGGAAACUGGAAAGAAAAGUGAGGUUCUGUGUCGUCGCGAGGUGCCUCUUCUUGGUCGGCGUGCAUGGAGUUGUGGGAUUUCCACGUGCUCCUUAGUUACUGUGCGGUGCCAAGGAACAAACGGGAAGUGGAAGUCAAGUGCAGCUCUACCAGUUGCUCUGUCGGUUUAGCGGGUUAAAACGCUCUGAUUAAUUUGUUUUGGAAGUCAACCAAGUCUACCCAUGCCAACGUAAACUUUCAGAGAGUUUGAUAUUUCCUGAUUCAACAAAUGAUUUUCACACAGAAAUGAUGAACUUUUUAUAAGCAGUACAUGCAAAAUAUUUCAACCAGGUGAAACACUUUACCAUUAUUUCGUAAUUUUUAAGGUGGACUUCUCAACGGCUCUCAGGAUGAGCGAGUGACUGAGAGUAGUCGCGUUUUUUUUUU